GCGUGGUGAAUAUCCUCAAAGGGAAAUCAAACCAGGGCAACAUCACAGAGAGAUCCCCGCUGCUGAGAUUCUCUCAAGAUGAGAGUAUGACCUACAUGACCGUCCACGACCCCGACUACGCGGGGGAGGCGUGGGAGGCCAGCGGCGUGGACGUGGAGAAGCGCUUCCGCCUCGGCAGCGAGGUCAACAGCCUGUCCCUGUCGCGGUCAGCCUCCUCGGAGAAACACGACCCGCUGGACUUCAGCCUCAACCUCAAACUCAUCAGCAACGUCAAGUGCUGCUUCAAGAUCUCCAAAGUCACCUGCAUGUUCGUCAUCGUUGUGCUCUGCAGCUUGUUCUUCAGUAUGUAUCCUGACAGAGACAACCCCACAAGGAUGCUGGCCGUCUCCUCCACUGAAAGCUUCUUAAUGAACAUGACCGAUUUCCGUGACAACGCGCUGCUGAAGCUGCAGGUGGGCGGGCCCUUCACGGGACGGAUGGUGGAUCCGACCAAUCAGGAGUUCAUCCUGGUCCAGGUGGAGCAGACAGAGGAGGUGGGGCCACGCAGGAGGAGAGGCCAACAGGUGAUUCAUAACUGGACCAUACCGCUACACAGCGAACGAAAUGAGCAAGUCCUCAUGACAAAGACGUUUGAAAUGCUCAGCAGCGGGCCGGUGGUGGUGAGUGUGCAGGCUUUCCUCCAGGACAGCUCGGUGGUGCCCCUCUCCCUGACCCACCAGGCGCUCUACGUCAACGUGGAGACGCAGGUUGCCAUCGCGGCCUUCAUCCUCACCGGGGUCUACAUCCUCAUCAUCUUUGAGGUCGUCCAUCGCACUCUGGCCUCCAUGCUGGGCUCCCUGGCGGCGUUAGCUGCCCUGGCUAUCAUUGGAGAUAGGCCCAGCUUGGUGACAGUGGUGGAGUGGAUCGACUACGAAACUCUCGCCCUGCUCUUUGGAAUGAUGAUAUUGGUGGCCAUUUUCUCAGACACAGGCUUUUUUGACUACUGUGCGAUGAAGGCCUACCAGCUGUCCCGAGGAAGAGUGUGGCCCAUGAUCAUGAUCCUCUGCCUCAUCGCGGCCAUCCUCUCUGCCUUCCUGGACAACGUCACCACCAUGAUGCUGUUCACGCCCGUCACUAUCAGGUUGUGCGAGGUGCUGAACCUGGAUCCAAGACAUGUCCUGAUUGCAGAAGUCAUCUUCACCAACAUCGGAGGGGCAGCCACAGCUGUGGGAGACCCCCCCAACGUCAUCAUCGUCUCCAAUCAGGCGCUGCGCAAGGAGGGGAUCGACUUUGCGGGCUUCACGGGGUACAUGUCCCUGGGGAUCGUCCUGGUCCUCGUCACCUCCUUCCCUAUGCUUCGCCUGCUAUACUGGAACAAGAAGCUCUACAACAAGGAGUCCAGCGAGAUCGUUGAGCUGAAGCAUGAGAUCCUGGUGUGGCGGCAGACGGCCCAGCGGAUCAACCCCGCGAGCCGCGAGGAGACGGCCAUCAAGUGUCUCCUGAUGCAGAAGGUCCUGAACCUGGAGAGCGCGCUGCGUAACAUGAUGAAGACCUUCCAGAGAGAAAUAUCCCAGGAGGAUAAGAACUGGGAGCAGAACAUUAAGGAGCUUCAGAAAAAGCACAGGAUAACCGACACGGUUCUGCUGGUCAAGUGUGUCUCCGUCCUCGCCGUCGUCAUCUUCAUGUUCUUCCUCAACUCCUUCGUUCCCAGCAUCCACCUGGACCUCGGCUGGAUCGCCAUCCUGGGUGCGCUGUGGCUGCUGGUCCUGGCAGACAUCCAGGACUUUGAGAUCAUCCUGCAUCGCGUCGAGUGGGCCACGCUGCUCUUCUUCGCCGGUCUCUUCGUUCUGAUGGAGGCCUUGGCUCAGCUGCAGCUCAUCGACUACAUAGGAGUGCAGACAGCUCUUCUGAUCAAGGCCGUGCCAGAAGACCAGCGUCUGGCCAUAGCCAUCAUCCUGGUGAUGUGGAUCUCUGCCCUGGCCUCCUCGCUCAUAGACAACAUCCCCUUCACCGCCACCAUGAUUCCAGUUCUCAUCAACCUGAGUCAGGACGAGGAUGUCAACCUCCCCAUCAAACCUCUCAUCUUCGCACUUGCCAUGGGGGCCUGUCUGGGAGGAAACGGAACGCUGAUCGGCGCCUCGGCGAACGUGGUGUGUGCUGGCAUCGCAGAGCAGCACGGCUACGGGUUCUCCUUCAUGGAGUUCUUCAGGUUGGGCUUCCCCAUGAUGAUCAUGACGUGUGUGAUCGGCAUGUGCUACCUGCUUGUUACCCACAUCGGCCUGGGCUGGAACCUGUGAGCGGGCUGCACAUACACAGAGACGCUGUGGAUGCAAAUUAAUGUGUGUGUGUGUGUGUGUC